AUCUAUGGAAACUGAUGAAGAAAGAGAAAUAAAUCUUGAACAUAGGCGUAAUCAAUGGAAAAGAAAGAGAACUACAGAAACAGAAAAGGAGCGAAAAGUUCAUAUUGAACGUGAACGCAAUCAAAGACAAGAUAAAUUAAGCUUGGAAACACCGGAGGAACAAGAGGAACGCCUAGCACGUGAUCGUAAUCGAAAAAAAAAGAAAAUAGCUACAGAAACUGCGGAGGAGAGAGAAAUAC